CAAUAAUACUACCUUAUUCUUUGACAAGUAAUAUAUGCAUUUAUUACCCAAAAAAGAAUUGGAAAGCACUUACGUAUUGCAGAAAGUACAAUAAAUAGAGAUGAAACCUCGAGAGAAAAGCCAGAGCAAAGACCAAUUUGAGCUAUUGAAAAUAGAUAGGAGAUGGACUCAUGCUUCUGGUAUAGUUUUUAUUAUGAUCUACUUGCUGUUAAAUUCUUUUACAGAAUGAGUGGAUGGAAGUUUUAGGUUGUGGAGUGACAGAACAAGAGAUAUUGAAAAGAAGCGGUAGAACGGACAAUGUUGCUUGGGCAUUUGGACUUGGAUUGGAGCGCUUGGCUAUGGUUUUAUUUGAUAUUCCAGAUAUUCGUCUUUUCUGGUCAACUGAUGAGCGGUUCACUUCCCAAUUUUCUAGCGGCCGGCUGGGAUUGAAGUUUAAGCCAUUUUCUAAGUAUCCACCUUGUUAUAAAGACAUGAGCUUCUGGAUCAGUGAUUCCUUUACUGAGAACAAUCUCUGUGAAGUUGUUAGAGGAAUUGCUGGAGACCUUGCCGAGGAGGUGAAAUUGAUCGACAACUUCACCAAUAAGAAAGGAAUGACGAGCCAUUGCUACAGGAUAGCUUAUCGGUCCAUGGAGCGUUCACUUACAGACGAGGAAAUAAAUGAUUUGCAGUGGAAAGUGCGAGAACAGGUGGAGAGCAAGUUAAAAGUUGUUCUAAGAUGAGCUAUUUCCUGGGGCAUUUGCACAAAUGGCCUUUUCCGAGGCCUCUUUAAAUUCGGUCCGCGUUUGGGCUAAAUUUGCCUGCCAGAAGAAAUAAAAAGGAGAGGAGAAAUUCAUUCAACUACUCUUAAAGGGAAAGUUUAGUCCACCGGGCUAACAUGGGACAAAAUUUAAAGAGUGGCCUAAAAAAGGUCAUACCAUGAAAAAUAAUCCCUAUUUCAAAUGUUUGUUUUUGUAGCUUACGCCUUGUAAUUAUUUGCAUUAGUUAUAUGUUUACCAGAUGUCCAGAACUACAUUUAUCAUGAUUUCUUGAUUGUAUAAGUCAAACUGCUUAUUUGCUGUCAUUUGGCAUUUUGAGGCCAAUUACCCCCUGCGAACACAAUGGAACCUAUUUAUUUCAAGA